AUGGGAAUUCCAUCACCAGAGUACGACGCUGUUCUUCUAAGAGAGCAUCUAUUUGAAGACACGAAGAAGAAGUUUCUAGUCUUGCCGUCCAGUGCAGAUGACGGCCAUUUCCAGCCAAUACGUCGAGUUGGUCUGGGUUUAUUCGAAUAUCAUUUUGCACAGGAAGACGAGGUCAGCUCCACUAUGGCUACAUUCAAAAUAGUCUGCUUCGAGUUUUUGCGUGAUGUUUGUAUUCUGUUGCUUGUAUUUGGCUCGUACUGUUUCAUCUACAAAUGCAUGUUUGGAAGUUUCCAUAUUUUCGGCAAACGUGUCUGCCAUAAGAAGAAGUUGUCAGAUAUUGAAGAAGCAUUCCAACCAGAACAGUCUCAGCAUACUCCAAUGCCUUCUCUCUCAUACUCUUUCGACACUGCUUCUCCAAGUCCCCAAGACUCACCUUCCAACGUUUUUAUUAGGCGCAUUAAUCUCCCAGAUUACUCUUCUGGCAUGAAGGUUUCCGAUGGUUAUGCAUUUAGAGAAGUUGACUCGAUUCGUACAGACUAA